AUGGCUUUCAAAGAAGACAUAGAGGUCAGGGAUGAUCGAAGCCAACAACAUGCGGAGGUCAAUGAACCUUUAGAGCUUGUAACACUAUAUGCUGACUGCCCUGAAGCCACCACACGAAUUGGGACGCAGUUCCUACCGGCGGAUAGGGAAGCUUUGAAGCAGCUACUGAUAGAGCACAGGGAUAUCUUUGCAUGGAACCACGAAGAGAUGCCUGGUAUAGAUUAUGGAGUCAUUGAGCACUGCUUGGGCGUAGACCCAGCGCACAAGGAAGCCCACUAUCCAGAGUGGCUGUCUGACGUAUUUAUGGUGAAAAAGGCAAAAGGGAAAUGGAGAAUGUGCGUGGAUUUUACAGAUUUGAACAAAGCUUGUCCAAAGGAUAGCUUCCCCUUGCCACGCAUCGACAUCAUUGUAGAUGCAACAGCAGGACAUCAUAUGUUGAGCUUCAUGGAUGUGUACUCAGGUUACAACCAGAUACAGAUGCACAUAGCAGACAAGGAAAAAACCUCGUUCGUCACAGACCGAGGGUUAUAUUGCUACCAGGUCAUGCCCUUCAGACUGAAGAAUGCAGGGGCGACCUACCAAAGGCUGGUACUGCGGAAUGUGCAUCCUUGGAAUGAACAAUGUGAUGAGGUGAUCAAAAAAUUAAAGCAGUAUCUGGCUAGUCCGCCCCUUUUGAAACGACCAGAGAAGGGUGACGUGCUUUACGCAUAUCUAGCAGUCUCCCAGCAUGCUGUAUCUGCCGUCCUAGUAAAGGAGGAAGAAGCCGCCCAACAUCCAGUAUAUUACGCCCCCCUAGCAAAAGUCCUGAGAAAACCAGACAGCACGGGAAGAUUGAUAGGUUGGUUGAUUGAGCUGAGCGAGUUCGAUGUGGAAUACGAACCAAGGAAGGCUAUUAAGGGGCAAGCGCUGGCAGAUUUUGUGGUAGAGUCCUCAGGAUUUUCCCAAGAAGAAACGAUGGAACCGUCAGGAAAGCCGUGGGUAUUGUUCAUAGACGUCUCAUCUUGUAGAGAAGGUGGAGGCCUGGGAAUACAUUUGUUGAGCCCUGACGGCCAGGGGCGGCAUUACAUGGCAACGCUGACAUUCAAAGUGACAAACAACGAAACUGAGUAUGAAGCACUUAUAGUAGGACUGUCUGUAGUAGCCCGAAUGGGAAUACCAAGGGCGGACAAUGAGGCCAUAGAUAAAUUGGCACAGGCGGCAUUAGGAAUAGAAGAAGUGCCUCUACCAUGGCAAGUAGAAAGGAGGGUCAUCGAGGUCCUUGUCGUUGGCAUGGAAGUAGGCAUCUUGGGAUCUAACACUCCAGAAUGGGCGAGCAGACUAAUGGAAUACUUAGACAAAGGAAAACUACCAAAAACAAGAGAAGAGUGGGGUGUAGAUUUGAUGGGACCCUUUUUGCCAGGAAAGGGUGGAGUUAAAUUCAUGAUAGUUGCCGUGGAUUACUUCACAAAGUGGGUAGAAGUAGAACUGCUGGCAACCAUCACAAGCAGGGUUGUGACAAAGUUCUUAUGGAAGAAUAUUGUUUGCAGGUUCGGAAUCCUCCAAAGGAUUAUAACGGACAAUGGGUGCCAGUUUGACUCGGACCACUACAAGGAGUGGUAUGCUGAAUUGAAGAUCAAGGCAAAGUACUCCUCCCCAGCCCACCCCCAAGCAAAUGGUCAAGCUGAGGCAACAAAUAAAGUGUUACUCUCAAUCCUUAAGAAGAAGGUCGCAACAAAGAAGGGAGAUUGGGCGAACGAGUUGCCAGGGUACUUUGGGCGUACAGAACUUCAGCAAAAUCUCCAACAAGAGAAUUCCCAUUUACACUGGCGUACGGAUGCGAGGCAGUUGCUCCAGUUGAAGUAG